UAGAGGAACGCUUUACUGUAUGCAAAACUACAACGGCUGUAAAGAAGACAUGCAUGGCAGAAAAAGUUUGAUUGAAAGAGGGAGGGCAAGAAUGCCAGAGAGCGAAUGAGGAGGUAGAGUGAGUGGUGGUGGGGGGGAGCGAAAGAGAAAAGGCGGAAUGCAACAGGCUUCUUUAUUCACACAGAGAGACACAUCUGACUUAUACAAGUCAACUGAGCUGCUCUCAUAUGCUCAGUUCAAGCCGUCACUCCAGACCUCAGCAGAAUCACCAUUUCAGGCAUCUGUUGGAUUUUAUUUUUGUGCAUCGAUUUUGGAUCACCUGCUGAGAUCAUCUUCCCUUCAGUUUAGUGCUAUGCAAACCAACAAAUAUUUAUAAUGGAUUUACAAUUAUCACACAGAGUUUAGUAAGACAAUUCCUUUUAUGAAAAGUGUCAAAGUGAGAAUAAAGAUAAGUGAGAAGUGGUAAUUCAUCAUCUUACCAAAAGGACCAUAGGACAAUCUUUGGAUACUGGAGGACCGCCAGCAUCAAAAUGGCAACCAAUAGGGAGAGGCCUGUGAGUCAUAUGACAGGGUUCUACCCGUUUGCCUUUAAUUCGAUGCGAAAUCACUCCCCUUUCGAUCUUCUGGCCAAUGGCAGUCUAUUUGGACGAUUUGGGGCGGACCUUCCGAAAGAGAUGGCAGCUCUGUCGGUGGAGACCCAGAGCACAAGCUCGGAGGAGAUGGUUCCCAGUUCUCCUUCUCCACCCCCUCCUCCUCGUGUCUAUAAACCCUGCUUUGUGUGCCAGGACAAAUCUUCUGGCUACCAUUACGGAGUCAGCUCUUGUGAGGGCUGCAAGGGUUUUUUCCGUCGCAGUAUCCAGAAAAACAUGGUGUACACGUGCCAUAGAGACAAAAACUGCCAGAUCAAUAAGGUGACAAGGAACCGCUGUCAGUACUGCCGGCUGCAGAAGUGUUUUGAGGUUGGCAUGUCUAAGGAAGCGGUCCGGAAUGACAGGAAUAAGAAAAAGAAGGACAUAAAAGAAGAGGUGGUUCUUCCGGAAAGCUAUGAGCUGAGUGGAGAACUGGAAGAACUGGUUAAUAAAGUCAGCAAAGCACACAGGGAAACCUUCCCUUCGCUCUGUCAGCUCGGAAAAUACACAACUAAUUCCAGUGCAGAUCACAGGGUUCAGCUGGAUCUUGGACUCUGGGAUAAGUUCAGUGAGCUUUCCACAAAGUGCAUUAUAAAGAUUGUGGAGUUUGCCAAACGUCUGCCAGGUUUUACUUCACUUACUAUUGCAGACCAGAUCACCUUACUGAAAUCUGCCUGCCUUGAUAUACUGAUGUUGCGGAUUUGUACACGCUACACUCCUGAACAGGACACUAUGACCUUCUCGGAUGGACUGACCCUCAACAGAACACAGAUGCACAACGCUGGUUUCGGCCCACUCACAGACCUGGUGUUUGCUUUUGCUGGGCAGCUUCUACCUUUGGAGAUGGACGACACAGAGACAGGGCUGCUUAGUGCCAUCUGCCUCAUCUGUGGAGACCGCAUGGACCUGGAGGAACCUCAUCGGGUGGACCAGCUACAGGAGCCUCUGCUAGAGGCAUUAAAGAUCUACGCUCGUCGACGACGCCCCAACAAACCUCACAUGUUCCCACGAAUGUUAAUGAAGGUCACUGACCUCCGAGGCAUCAGCACUAAAGGGGCAGAGCGAGCCAUCACUCUAAAGAUGGAGAUCCCAGGCCCAAUGCCUCCUCUGAUCAGAGAGAUGCUGGAGAAUCCUGAGGUCUUUGAGGAGAACUCUGAUUCUAAAGACACUGGUGCUCCGCACCCCUUCCCGCCUCCUGCUAUCCAGGCCAUCAAACGUGAGAGGGAUGAGGAAUCUGCUCUGGAGGAUGAAGAAGACGAAGAGGAUGAGUGUGCAGAGGAGGCACGGGACAGAGCAGGGGACAGUGAGGAUGAUGAAUGGGGACUCCUGCAAGUGGAUAUUGGCGGAGCUAGAAAGAGUGCGACAGGAAGAGCACAGUGA